CGUGUACCCGACGGCGAGGCAGUCGUCUUCCUAGCUGCGCGAUGGAGGUAUCAACAAUUAUAUUCUUCAGUCUGCUGUUGUGUGGUGUGAAAGCCAUCUAUGCUGAUGCGAGUUUGGCAGCCUUGGCUGCACGGGUGCGUCUGGUUGAACGAGAGAUCAAUUUGGGGAAGCUGGAUGCUGUUAAAACUGACACUAAACUGAUUGACAAGUUUGAAGUGUUGGAGUCAUCACUGAAAGAAGAACUGACUGAAAGAUUCCUCCCUCUCUUGAUAAAGCCUCUCGUCAAACAAGCUAUAACCGACAUCAUGAACGAAGACUACAUUGGCAACAUUAUUACCGGACAUGUUCUCAGGGAAGUUCAAAGCCUUAAAGCAAAUGUGCAAAACACAAAGACACAGCUCAAAACCUUGGCAGAACAGCUGAGACGUGUUGAACGGGAUAGAGACACUUACAGAAAGAGUCUUCGAAAACAACGUCGCAGUUUGACCAAAGACAUCCGUGAAUUACAGAUUCAGCUCAAUCAUACUGUAGCUGACCUGCGUGAUGCCAGGACCACGGCGUAUCCCUUAACGACAGCAGCCUCCACUGACCCGAGCCCGAGCAACACGGCUUCACUAGCGCCAGUGACGACACAAGACUCUGAUCUACAGGCCUCGACUGACCCGAGCCCGAACACCACGGUUCCACCAACGCCAGUGACGACACAAGACUCUGAUCCACACGCGACUCCAUCACCAGCAGCAGGCCACCGCCUCUACUCCGCCAGCGGGGCCGGUGACCUGGAGACAGUGAAGCGGAUCCUGGCAGCGGGUCACGUGGAGAUCAACACGAGAGGAGGAGGAGACUACAGCAAGACACCGGUGAUGGCGGCAGCACUGAGUGGACACAGCGAUGUGGUGGAGUUCCUGGUGGGUAGAGGGGCUGAUGUGUCGCUGGUGGACAGUAACGGUAACAACGUCCUUCACGUGGCCUGUCUGGGUGGAGACCUGGAGACGGUGAAGCUGAUCGUGUCCAGGAACCUGGUGGACGUCAACGCCAGGAACAAGGACGGGCGGACAGCGGUCUACUGGGCGAGAGUCAAGGGACAUCAGCGAGUGGUGGAGUUCAUGGUGUCACGUGCUGGACACUGAAGUCGGUGUCGGUGUGGACGGUGACGGGGCACAUGUCCUUACUGACACUGACGAGGUGUGUGCCGUCCACGUUGUCGUGUGUCACGAUUCACGUGAUUUCCUUUGACUUUGUGAAUAUAAAUAAAACUUGUUGAAAGUA